AUGUCAACUUCUGAUAAUUUUAAAGAAUUUAAUAACAUAUAUUAUUCUAAUGAAAUAACUAGCUUUAGACCAGAUUGUGUGAGAAGAAAAUUAGAUUUAACUGUUAAUGAAAAUUUGUCUGUUACAAUUCAUGUUAAAAAAAUUCUUGAAGAAAUACCAAAUUCAGAAAAAGGUUUAAUUGUAAAAGAAAAACAUUUUUUUGGAAAAUCAGAGAUCCGUGAAUUUAAGGUAGAUGAACGAGAUGAUUUAACAUUAGCUGUAAAAUUAGGAAUUGAAUACGAGUAUUAUUUUAUUGUUUUUGAUCAAGAUACAAAAGAGAAGUAUAUUUAUAAAGCAAAUUAUGAUUGUAUGUUAACAAAAUCAAAAAUACAAAAAUUGUAUGUAAAAAGUUGUGAAUUGCUUUUAACAACAAAAUAUGAACCUAUCAAAAUAGAUAAAUUAUAUAGAUGUAAACCGCAAUUAUAUUUUGAAAAUGUUAAAAAUUUAAAUAAUGGGAUGAUGAGUCCAUAUAUAAAAGAUAAUACUGGACAUUCUGGACAUCCCUUGACCGGAAAAGUACGUGGAUUAUUUUUUUCUGGAAUACUUUAUCAAAAAAGUGAAUUUCCAAGAGAAAGCGGAUUUGGAGAUGUAAGAUUUAUUAUUGAUGCAGAUUUGUUACUUAAUCCAGAAUUUCACAACUACUACUUUAGUGACAUUUAUUGUUGUAAUAAAAAUAAGACUCACUUUUUAGUCAUUGUUAUUUGUAAAAAAGAUACUAAAGAAAAUGACUAUUGUAAAAAACAUUUAGUUUCCCUACUCCCAAAUGACAAUGAUUUUCUUUUUUAUAUUCACGAUGGAAAUAAGUAUAAUUAUUAUUGGUGUUCAGCUAAAAGUGAAGAAGUUUCCUUACGUUUAGAACUUUUUUAUUGUGGAAAUAUUAAUGUAUAUGAUGGUGCUUUUGAAAAAGUUAUACCAUUAAAAAAUUGUGGUGCCACCCCUGGUGGAAUUGGUUGUAAUAACUUUUGUAAUAUUUGUAGAAUUUAA